UUGAAGUUUGAAUCUCUUGAAGUCCUUAAUCUCUCAAAUUGUUCAAACUUUGAAAAAUUUCCUAAGAUCUAUGGGAAUAUGAAAUUUUUGAGGAAGCUUUAUCUAUGUGAAAGUGGUAUUAAAGAACUCCCAGACAACAUUGGCUAUUUGGAAUCUCUUGAAACUCUUGACCUCUCAAAUUGCUCAAAAUUUGAGAAAUUCCUGGAGAUAAGAGGGAAUAUGAAAUGUUUGAAGAGGCUUUAUUUAGAUGAGACUGCUAUUAAGGAACUCCCAAAUAGUAUUGGGUCCUUGACCUCUCUCCAAAGGCUUUCUGUUGAAAAAUGUUCAAAGUUUGAGAAAUUUUCAGAUGUAUUUACCAAUAUGAGACAUUUAUGGCAUCUAAAUUUAUGUGAAAGUGGUAUUAAGGAACUCCCAGGCAGCAUUGGAUGUUUGGAAUCUCUUGAAACUCUUGACCUCUCAAAUUGCUCAAAAUUUGAGAAAUUCCCGGAGAUAAGAGGGAAUAUGAAAUGUUUGAAGAGGCUUUAUUUAGAUGAGACUGCUAUUAAGGAACUCCCAAAUAGCAUUGGGUGCUUGCAGGACCUUGAAACUCUUGACCUCGGUGGUUGCUCAAAUCUUGAGAGGCUUCCUGAGAUCCAAAAAAAUAUGGGAAAUCCAUGGGCUCUUUUUCUAGAUGAAACUGCUAUUAAAGGAUUACCCUGCUCAAUAGGUCAUCUCACUGGACUUCAUCAAUUAAAUUUGGAAAAUUGUAGAAACUUGAGAAGUCUUCCAGACAUAUGUGGGUUGAAAUCCCUUAAAGACCUUGUUAUCGAUGGUUGUUCAAAUCUAGAGGCUUUUUCAGAGAUCACGGAGGAUAUGGAACAAUUAAAACGCCUUUUGUUACGUGAAACGGGCAUAACAGAGCUGCCAUCAUCAAUUGAACACCUGAGAGGUCUUGAUUCCUUGGAAUUGAUCAAUUGUAAGAACCUUGCGGCUCUUCCCAAUAGCAUUGGUAGUUUGACACGUCUUACAUAUCUUCGUGUUCGUAACUGUACAGAGCUCCAUAACUUGCCUGACAAUUUGAGAAGCCUACGGUGUUGCCUAUUGAAAUUAGAUCUAGGUGGUUGCAAUCUGAUGGAGGGAGAAAUCCCCAGUGAUUUAUGGUGCUUAUCCUCACUGAUAUCUUUAGAUGUAAGUGAAAACCAUAUUCGUUGCAUACCCGCUGGCAUCACUCAACUUUUGAAGCUCCAAACCCUUUACAUGAAUCACUGCCCGACGCUUGAAGAAAUUGGAGAGCUUCCAUCAAGUUUAACAGAGAUGGAGGCACAUGGUUGUCCAUGCCUAGAAACUGUAACUUUCUCAAGUCCACUUUGGUCUUAUCUGCUCAAAUACUUCAAAUCAGCAAUUCAGUCGACGCGGAGGACAUUUGUCAUUCCAGGAAGUAGUGGAAUACCAGAGUGGGUAAGCCAUCAGAGAAUGGGGUGUGAAGUAAGAAUAGAGCUCCCAAUGAAUUGGUAUGAAGAUAACAACUUCUUGGGAUUUGUUCUAUUCUUCCAUCAUGUUCCCCUUGAUGAUGAUGAAUGUGAGACAACAAGAGGUGGUAUUGCACAUUGUGAAUUGACGAUAUCCCAUGGUGAUCAAUCUGAACAACUGCACAAUAUAUUGUUUUAUUCUGAAUGUAAAACCUACCGGAUUAGGGAUUUAUCAUAUGGCCACAAAUACGACCGCUACUGCAGUGGUAGCACAUCAGAUCCAGCAAUUUGGGUGACGUAUUUCCCUCAGAUUAAAAUUCCCCGUGAGUAUCGAUCCAGUCGGUGGAACAACUUUAAGGCUCACUUCCACACUCCAAUCGGUGGUGGCUCUUUUACGUGUCGCACUAACACAUGCUUUAAAUUGAAAAGCUGUGGGAUACAUCUGUUGUACGCCCAAGAUCAGAUCCAUUGCACUCAGCCGUCAAGAGGAAGCCUUGGUGACAGAGAAGAUCACCCAGCCAAGAGAUUAAAGAUUCUCUAGUUUCCAAAAGAUCAAAGCUUUAUUUAAACCCUAGCAAGGAUGCUGAGGAAACAUGACUAACUAUUGGUCCUGGAAUUGGAAGUGGUGGCAGAGAUGCAAUAUUGAACCAGAAUGAGAAUACCAUAAAAGAGACUCUUUGUUUGGAUUGUGGAUUUUAAUUUGUAUGUUUUUAAGCAUGGAUAAUUUGAAUUGUGGAUUUGAAUU